AUGCCAACGCCACUCCCUUCGAGUUUUGCUUCCGCCGCUGCUGGCAACACCCACGACUCCUCCCGGAGGGGGGAUGGAACUGCCAGUGGAGAAUGGGCUCGUUCCCGCAUGAACGGAGCAACACAAACCUUCCGCCGUCCGUCCGUCGCGACAAACCCUUCGCAGAACCGGGACACUAGCCAAUCGACCUCCGUCGCCGCCGCUACGGGUACCUAUAACCCCCCACACGUCACCACCUCCUCCACUCUCCGGAACGGGGCCGCCACGGAAACUCGGUAUUCCAAGGAACAGCUCCUCAGUCUCUACAAAUCCCAACGAGAAUCCGGUGUCCUGGGCAAAAAUGUCGCAGAGUACUUCGUUGCUGACUGGGAUCCCCAUGUCGAGACGCCCGCUGCUGUGAAUGGAGCUUGGGGUCGACGCGAGGAUUCCAAGGAUGCCAAUCCCUCCGGGCCGGAAGUCUGCUGGGAUCAUGGAGGACAAUCAGAGCCCCUGGGUUUGAUUGACAUGACGGAGGAUGAAAAGGAGCUCUUCUCCCUUUCAGUCAACUCUCCGCUGAAGCCCCCUCCAACCAACGCCUCCAAGGAUAAUACGGGAACCACUCCGGGAGCGCGUAAAUCGUCGGUGUCCUACUCCCAGAACGCCUACAACACCUCAUCCCCCAGCUCCACUCGCCAGGGCCCCAGACGUCGCGAGACGGGUGAUUCCACCGGUAAUCCCAUGUCUCCCACUACCGGGGGUUCUCGUUUUUUCCGCGACGAACCGAACACGGCCACCCCGCCCCCUUCGCUGCUGCGUCGCAAGACCGACUUCCGUGACACGUCGUCCACUGCCAGAUGGGAGGAGAAGGAGAAGGAAAACGUCCGGGACGGAAGCUCGGAGGUUGCUUCGCCCUUUGGUUCCCUCAAGCGCAGCUCCACCAAUCCUGUGGUGUCUGCGGCGGGUGGAACCAGCUCUCCGUGGGGAUCAGCCUCGCAUAAUGCCAACUUUUCGCCCAUGGGAGCUUUUGGCGCCUUCUCUCUGGGCACGACCACACCGACAACGGAAAAGAAACCCGGGUUCGGCAGUCUGCGUGGAGAGAGUCGUCUGAAGGGCUUGUUCUCCAAGGACAGCUCGGAGGAUAUUGGUGCCUCGAUCAAGGAGAAGCCGUCUCUCAGCAGUCUGGAGCGCUUGGUGGAAGGAGACGAUGACAAGCGCCCCCAGUCGCCCUGGGCUGAAGGCCUCAAGACCCGCACCGGACGCAGCGAGACGAAUCCCUUCCAGGAGGAGGCUCGCAGUGGAAGUGCGGCGCUUGGAGGCUCCCAGGACGUGGCCACACCUUCGCAGGCGGCCGACCAACUCGGUUUCUCUGCGUUUGGAAUGACCUCGAGCAUCCCUGGCUUCCGCGAGUUGAUGCAGAGCCAUGAAAACUCCCGCAACCCAACCCCAAGUCUGCUGCAGGGCCACGAACCCACCAGUCCCACGAACACGAACCCCUACCAGAGCCCUCACCAUGGUGACCGUGGCGAGGCUGAGGAUGUGGAAACCGACGGAUCGGAUAUCCAGAGCUCGAACCAUCCAGGCUUGACCGGACUGCGCGACCCCGCGGGCGCGUUUGGAUCCAUGCGACGAGUCGGAUCGGGCAUGGAUUUGCCGGCCAUCGACCGGAGUCAAACAUCCAGCGCUGCGGGCAACCGGAGCUUCUCCAGUCUCGGUGGCCUGGGCGGUUUGUCCUCUCUCGGUGGCGCUGCCGGAUGGCCAUCGACUGGCGCUGUGGGAACUCCGACGAGAGAACGGUCCGCCUUUGCCGGUGGAUUCGGCGAUCCUAUCUUCGGUACAAUGGGUGAUUUGCAAUCCCCUAGUCUUUCAACUCUGGGCGGAGGCGGUCUCUUCAGUCCCCAUGCUGGUAUCUCCGGUACUGGAAGCAUUGGCCGUUCCAGCAAGCUGGGAUCUCUGUUCCCCGCCGCCAUGCAGGAACAAAUGCAGGCCGACCAGGCCCGUCACGAGCUUGGAAACCUGGAUGAGGCUACUCGAGCUGACCUACAAGACAAGUCUGGCCAAACUAACCCUCCUGCCACCACCUCCGCUUCCCAAACUCCGGUCUCCGCCGUUGGUUCUAUCCCGGCCUCGAUGCCUGCCGAAGGACCCCCUCAAAGCCAGACACCCGGACAGGCUGGAAACAAUGCUGGGUCUGUUCCCCCCGCUCAGCAGCGUACAAUGGUGAUGCCGGACCGCAUGCGUUGGAUCUACCGCGACCCGCAAGGAAACAUUCAAGGCCCGUGGACCGGUUUGGAGAUGCAUGAUUGGUUCAAGGCUGGUUUCUUCAGCCCCGAUCUGCAGAUCAAGAAGCUGGAGGAUCCUGAGUUCGAGCCCCUGGCCCAGCUGGUGCGUCGCAUUGGGAACUCUCGUGAGCCGUUCCUUGUGCCCCAGAUCGGCAUCCCUCACGGCCCUGACCCGGCUCCUGGCCCUUGGGGCGGUGGCACGUCGGGCUCGGCGCAGCCUCCGUUCCCCGGCAGCUUCCCCAGCUUCGGCACCACCUUGACCGCUGAGCAGCAGAAUGCCUUGGAACGUCGCAAGCAAGAGGAGCAGUAUCUGAUGGCGCGGCAGAAAGAACAUCUGGCGCAGCAACAGGCUCUGAUGAAGCAGAUGCAAUUCCCCAGCGUUCCUCCCACUAUCCAUCCGCAGCUCCAACACCACUCGAGCGCGCACAGCUUGCACAGCCAGCCUAGUUUCGGUAGCAUUGCGUCUCCGGUUGGCUUCCAGCCGUCGCCCCUGCAGGCCCCUGUCCAGGGACAGCCCCAAUCUGUCUCUGGCUUUUUCGAUGCUGCCGGCCCUCUACGUCAAUCCAAUGUUGGCCCGGGGAUGCUGGGAACGGACCUGGGCGGCAGCCAGGACCAACUGCCUGCCCUUCUCGACCGGUUGAAUGUGAGCCGUCCGGAUCCGUUUGCGUUCGGCAGUCCCGCGUCGUUCACCCGCCAGCCCGAUAACCUCUUCCCCGCGCCCCAGGUCGCAAGCAUGCUGCAAGACCGGGCUCGUCUGCAGCAGGAGCAGGAGCAAUUCGACGCCGCCCAGGGCGACAACUUGUUUGACCAACAGGCCCGUGAGGAACGCUUGCGGCAGUUCCAUGCACUCCGCGCUCAAGAGGGCGAGUUUGGCCUGCGCACUGCCGAGGGACUUCCCACCCAUCCCACCGCAGCGUCCCAGCAGGAUGAGACCGAAGCCGUGACUUCUCAGAACGUUGUCCCCGGCGCCACUGCCGUGCAGACCGGCCAGCCCGCCCCUACCGGCGACGAGCCCCCGCUUACCCUGUCCCAGCAGGUUCAGAAGGCCGCUUCUGCUCAGCGUCAGCAACAGGAACAGGAGCAGCAAGCCCAGCAGGACCAACAGCAGCAGAGCCAAUCUACCGGUGAUGCCGCCUGGACCACCAAGGGCGAGAGCGCCAUGCCUCAGCCCUUCCCUCCCCCGCCGUCCGCGUCGCCCCUGCCCGCUCCUGCCGCUCAGCGGAACCGCCAGAACGUUGCUGAAUCGCUGGCCGCCAACUCCCGGUCUCAGACGCAGACUCCGGUCGAAGCCCCCACCACCUCGAUUGCUCCGUGGGCGAAGGAAGUCAACGAGAUGCCCAAGGGACCCUCUCUGAAGGAGAUCCAGGAAGCGGAAGCCCGCAACGCCGCUCAGCGGGAGGAGCUGGCCGCCGCGGCCCGCCGCGCGCAGCUCCUCGCCGAACAGGAACGCCUCAGCCAGGCACAGGCGCAAGCUCCUGGUCUCCCGUCGACUGCCAACUGGGCCAGCGCUGGAUCCCCUGCGACACCCACUUCGUCUGGAUCGGUGUGGAACAACAAGGGCCAAACCCCGACCAGCGGUACCGCCAAGAAGACGUUGGCGCAGAUUCAAAAGGAGGAAGAGGCGCGGAAGCAGCGUCUUGCUGCCGCGGCGGCCGCAGCUGCAGCUCAGCAGCACGCCUCGCCCACCCCGCCGACUGCUCCUUCGUCGACCGGCAAGCGCUAUGCGGACUUGGCUAGCAAGGCUCCGGCUCCCUCGCCCGUGGCGCCCGCGAGCACCGGCGCGUGGACCACCGUGGGAGCUGGCGGCAAGCCCAAGGCCCCUCCUGCUGCUCCUGCGGGUCCUCGCGCGGCCAGCGGUACCGUGCCCCUGGCGGCUUCCCCCGUGCGUCCCAAGCCGGCGACUGUGGCCCGGACUGUGACGGCUCCUGUUGUGGCUCCGGCUCCCAAUCCCAACCGCGCGGUGGAGGAAUUCACCAAGUGGGCCAAGCUGACGCUGGGCAAGGGACUGAACAGCGGCAUCAAUGUGGACGAUUUCGUGCAACAGCUCAUGCUUCUGCCCGCGGAGGCGGAGAUCAUCUCGGACUCGGUGUACGCCAACUCGCAGACGCUGGACGGCCGCCGGUUCGCAGAGGAGUUCAUCCGUCGGCGUAAGAUGGCCGACAAGGGCAUUGUGGACCCGGUGGCGCCCAGUGCGUACGCGGAAAAGAACGCCGGCGGGUGGAGCGAAGUGGCCAAGAAGGGGUCGUCGAAUGCGCAUCGCGAGGAGGAUACUAGCAACGCGGCUUUUAAGAUGACUCCUUUCGGUGCCCCCAUGAGGGCUCACUUCCUCAUCGAUCCCUCCUAUAAGAACCUCAAUCACGGCUCCUAUGGCACCCAGCCUCGCGAUGUCCACACCACCCAGAAGCACCUCCAAUCGCUCGCAGAGCAAAAGCCCGACGUCUUCAUGCGCAAGACACAGCCGGAGCUGCUCACCGAAGCCCGCGCCGCCAUCGCGGCAUACCUCAAUGUCCCACGACACUCCGUCGUCUUCGUCAAGAACGCCACCACUGGCGUCAACACCGUCCUGCACAACCUGCUCCCGACCUUGGCCGCCUCCGACGUGAUCGUCUACUUCGACACCGUCUUCGGCGCCGUCGAGCGCAGCCUCUUCUGGCUGGCCGAGUCGCGCCCUGCACAGCUGCACAAGAUCGCCUACGCCCUGCCCGCCUCCCACGACACCAUCGUGCGCCUGUUCCGCGACGCCGUCCGCCACAUCCGCGAGUCCGGCCGCACCCCACGCCUGGCCAUCUUCGACACCAUCGUCGCGAACCCCGGCGUGCGCUUCCCGUUCGAGGACCUCGUGCGUGUCUGUCGCGACGAGGGCGUCCUGAGCCUCAUCGACGGCGCCCAUGGCGUCGGCCAUCUGCCCCUGGACCUGGGCGUCCUCCAACCGGACUUUUUCACCAGCAACUGUCACAAGUACCUGCCUUCCCUUGCCUACCAUUUCAUAUCCCACCCCAUGUAA